UGUAGCAUGUGACAGCUCUAGCUAGCAUAUUAACAAUAUAUAAAGAAAUUACGUGUCGUCGGCGAAUUUAUCAAUAUGGGCGACGAUUUACCACCCCUAGAUCCAAGUUUACAGAAUCUUGUUGAGCAGGAGUCCCUAAAAUGGAUAUUUGUUGGUGGCAAAGGCGGCGUGGGCAAGACAACCUGCAGCUCUAGCUUGGCAGUGCAGUUGGCGAAAGUGCGAGAAUCGGUGCUAAUUAUUUCAACAGAUCCGGCGCAUAACAUAUCAGAUGCCUUUGAUCAAAAGUUCACCAAGGUGCCAACUAAGGUUAAUGGCUUUGAUAACUUGUUCGCCAUGGAAAUAGAUCCCAAUGCGGGAUUAAAUGAACUACCCGAUGAAUACUUUGAUGGUGAGAACGAAGCAUUGCGCGUUAGCAAAGGCGUCAUGCAGGAGAUGAUUAAUGCCCUGCCCGGCAUAGAUGAGGCUAUGAGCUAUGCUGAGGUUAUGAAACUGGUGAAGGGCAUGAACUUCUCAGUGGUGGUGUUUGAUACAGCACCUACAGGACAUACGUUGCGCCUCAUUGCUUUUCCACAAGUGGUUGAGAAGGGCUUGGGCAAGCUACUACGUUUAAAGAUGAAGCUGGCGCCUCUACUAUCCCAAUUCGUUUCUAUGCUUGGCAUGGCGGAUGUCAAUGCUGAUACGUUGUCACAAAAACUGGAUGAUAUGCUGCGUAUCAUCACCCAGGUCAACGAACAAUUUAAGAAUCCCGAUCAAACUACUUUUGUUUGCGUCUGCAUUGCCGAGUUCUUUUCGCUUUAUGAAACCGAGCGACUGGUGCAGGAGCUGACCAAGUGCGGCAUCGACGUACACAACAUUAUUGUCAAUCAGUUGCUCUUCCUGGACAAAUCUCACAAUUCAUGCAGCAUGUGCGCGUCGCGAUUCAAGAUCCAAGAAAAGUAUCUGGAUCAAAUAGCCGACUUGUAUGAAGACUUCCAUGUUACAAAGCUACCUUUACUCGAAAAAGAGGUGCGCGGGCCAGAUAGCAUUAAAUCAUUUUCAGAGAACCUCAUGGUCCCCUACAAACCAGAAGGUGAGCCCGCAACUAAAUAGGGAACAGAGGGAUUAUAUAUUAGUCGUAAGCAUCUAAAGGAACGUAUUGUGUAUAUUUGUGUGCGAAAAAUAAAUUCCAAUUAUGGUCAAUUCGAAA